AUGUUAGGCUUAGCAGGAAAAUUUCAACGACGACGAGAUUCUGAACUUAUGCAAGAAACUUGUUUAGCAUCUAAUCCGAAAAUUAGCUCUUCGAGGCUGCAAAAUGAAACAGAUAGAAGAUAUACCAGUAGGUCAGAACCAAGGACAAAUCAGGUCAUUAGUAAACCGGAUGUUUUCUCAGGUCACCAGUCUAUAACAUUUGGCCCAUUAAACAGUGAACAUAAUUUUAUUAAAAAGCCUUUUUCAGUGCUUAUCAUCAAAUUUCCAUCUUCAAAAGAUUCGAACGAAUACACAAAAUAUCCAUUUGUAACUUUUAGUCCUUUAUCUGAUUACUUUACAUUACAAUCAAUUCCAACACAUUUCCCUAAUUGGUCACCUUUGACCCGUCCUGCGCUAGCAACAAGAUCAAAGCCAAUAGGUCAACUUCGUGGUCGUACUUUUCUUUGCCAAAUGUACAUAUUGAAUCAAGCCAAUCAAGUUUAUGCAAAUCACCAGCAAUAUGAAUACCAUCAAGCAACUCAAAUGAUUCUCAACGCUGUAAAAUCUUUCUUCGCAUAUAUUUACAAACAACUGAAGCAAUCAAACUUGCAACCCUAUCUUGAUCACGUACAAGUUUGGAAUUUACGUGAUAGUGGUUCGGAUCUUUUGGUCGAAUUUUCAAUAAUUUUGCUUGUUCCAUCACAUGUUGAAAUUGACGUAACAACCGUCAAAAACGUCUUGUUGAGCAUUUUACCAAAUUUGGAAGAAGAACUUAAUGGCACUCAGAUAGAUCCGGAUACCAUUUCAGUGAAUUACCUUAAUUUCCAAGGCUAA